UACAAAAUACAAACAUUUCUUUUCUAGCUGCUGCAAAAAGUGAUCUAUUGUUUCAUUAAUAUUAGUGAUAUAUGUAGAAAAUUAUGGGACAAAAUCGCGAAUGUCCUACUUCAAAUGCAGUGGAAGCUUGAGGAGUGAAUUGCCAUACUUUUCUAGCUAGGCCUAGGUGUUUGGUAGCCUAAAUACUAGGGUCCUAUCUAGGUAGGGUAGGCUAGGCCAGUUGUUUUGAUCGAGAGAGGUCCAAUCCUGAGAAGUGAGGGCCCUGAUUUGCCUGAUCGCGUGUGCAAGUUUGGUGAUCACAACGGCCUAGGAAAUUCUGUAUCUUGAACUAGCCCUAAAAGAAGGAGAAUGUAGAUCAGCUUUGAUGAAGAGGCAAAUUGCUUGCAUUCAGUACUUUUAAUAUGGAGAAUUCCUCAGUUUUAAGACGAUUUUCUCAUAGAAUUUUGAUUUUCCUGUGCUCUCUGAAUUUUAUUGUUAAUACUUUUACACAAUCAGAAGAUCUUGUUGGUGUUGUAAAUGUAGGAACAGAUGCUGUUAUUAAUGAUACAAAUAUAGAUUUGUUUACGGUGUCAAUCAACGAACAAUAUGGUGAACUUCCAAUAACACUAGCAGUCUAUAACAUUACCUCAAAAGCCUUUGUGCCAAAUGACAUCAUUCAAGACCAAGAUAUAACAGUAUACUGUGAGGUUGUAACACCCUACACUGAAGGUGAUACAACUGUUCAGUUUGUGCCAAAGGUAUUACCAAACAUUAAGCAAACUUUCAUUAAAUUUGACAUUGGUAAUCAAGGACGGGCAGUAGAGGUCAGGUGUCAAGGUUCAAGUAUCACUGAGGGCAGUCUCUUCCAAAAUAGUACAGAGGGAAGCACUGGGUUUGUUGCUGUGGUGAAGAGUCCAGUUGUUAGCAUCUGCCAAGAGAUGGUUGUUGUCCCCUAUCUGCUUGAUGAAACGUAUACACAAGAAAUUACUCUACAACUUUCGGAAGAAGUAGCUGGAAGUGAUGUAAAUAUCACAUGUGAUGUGGAUCCUGACUAUCAAGGAGAUGAUUUUUUAUCACUUGAGUUUACGGAUGAGACAGCACCUAUUGGUGCCACUGAAAUUAGUGUAAGUGGGUUUCAUCACAAUGCUUGUCAAUCAAGUCAAUGGUUUAAAAAACCAAUUUUAAUUUCAGAUCCUCCAUGUGUUAAUAGCACAUGUGUCAUUACUACCACCACCCCUGCUGCUAUUACCCAACCAUCAUCAACACAGGAUACCACCACCACCCCUGCUGCUAUUACCCAACCAUCAUCAACACAGGAUACCCCAUUGGAGGGGGACAGCAACUGGAUCCUGGUUGAGUCAGUUAUCGUUUUUGAUAGUGGAGAUUUGUUCAAAAAAGUGGAGGCAGUCUAUAACAACAUAGGUGAAGCCUACCAAGGGCUGCUCGUGCUAACAUGCUGUGCAUCAGCUGACUUCAACCAGAACACGCAGUACAUGAACCAAUCAGCUGCACUGCUCAUGGUUGUAGAUGUUUCUGAGGACAGAGAAAUCAUUUGGGAUUUUGCAGCAGAUAGCAGUAAUCUUACUGAUGAGAGUGAAUUGCCAAAUCCAGCAUAUGUUGAGAUUGGUCCUUGUAAUUGUGACCUUACUGCAGACCAUUGUGAUCCACUAUGCUGCUGUGAUAUGGAUUGUACUGAGGACGACCUGGCUUUGUUUCCAUGCCUUCCUGGUAUUCCUGGUGGGGACUUUACUGAGGAAUGGGAAUAUAGUUGCGAAAAUACAGACAUUUUCCGUCCGGAUUGGUUUCCAUUCCUGUGUGUAGAAACUGUGAAUAAACUUUUUCUUGGGUAUUACUUCUCAUCUGUAUCUGGUGCAACAGACAACCAAGGCUUUGAAAGUUUACAGUCAGCACUACCAACCAAUUACACAACAUUUGAAGAAAGCGAAGAUCGUGCGUUAGACACCUCACAGUUUUCUUCAAGUCAAGGCUACCAGUACGGAGCACCGCUUCAGUUAAUCUACGAGAACAAUAUUAUCGGGCUAUUAGCCCUGCCACAGCAGGGGGCUAGUGGUAGUUGCUUGUGGACUUCAGCAGUAAAGUAUCAAGUUGAUUCAAAUUCUACAUGUGUAAUGAAUAUAACACAACAAACCUGCUCAUCAUCUUCUGCAUUAAAUGCCAGUUUGUUUGUGCAGUCGUCAGAUACGACCUACCCGCCUUGCCCUGACCCUCCAGAGGUCAUCAGUGCUUUCGGAUAUGUCACUGAUAGGGUAGCAGUGAGUCAAAUCGAAUACUUCUGUCUGGAUGAUCUCUCUGGCUACUUACAGAGCAAUGAAACUGCAUCUGUAUAUGGUUUGUACACAAAAUCUUUGCCGUAUGUCGGUGGAAAACAGCAGGUGCCAUACUCACGCUGUGUGUGGGAUGAUGACUUCACAAGACCACCGGAUCCAAGUUACAGCAACACCACACAGACAUGUGAUCACUCAGUUGUAGAGGUUCAGUAUGAGAUUGUCUGGCAAGGUGGGGAAGUACUCAUUUUGAAAGGUGCUGUGUUUCUCGGCUCGGUUCCUAUUCAGUCUUCUGGUAUCAUGCUAAACCCAAAAUAUUCAGUAAAGUUUUCCCAUCAGCUACCAAUAACAAACAACGAUGAAACAGGAGCAGUUGAGAUUCCGGAGGAGGUGUUCAAAAGGUCUGGUAAUCCCGGAUAUCAGGUUGGUGAACUUUUGCUUAGUGGGACUACAGUUUAUGAACAGGUGAAUGUGUCAACUCCAAACCCAGCUUGUAAUGAUAGUACCCUCAACAGCACUGAAUGCGACCCAACUACGGGGGAAAUGCUGUUUUCAUACAUAGAUACAUCAUUGAACAGUCGUCUAAAAUAUAUUGCUUCAGGUUCAAGUGGAUUAUGUGAGGAUUCAGCAUAUGAAGACAUAACAUUUGGCGAGGACUUGAUGUCUGGCUGCAUAUACCGUGUAGGAUUAUCAGAACUUGAUAACUGUACUAUAUUGCGGCAGGAGCUUGAGACUCAACUGAGAGCCCUCAUGCAGGCUGAUAGGAUCGCAAAGAUUGGCAACGCCAGCUCAUACAAUGAUGACGAUUGGAUCACAAUAUUCAGGGAGCCUAUUGAGUAUGAGGUGGUGUCAACUGUGGAGCCCUACCAGGAGAGAGUGAAUGAUGUAUUAGCCGAGUUGAUUGGCACUUGUUACCAUAUGCCUGUUAGUGUUCAUCUUCAUAUUAUGUACGCCGAUGCUGGUAUGUCCAAAGGGCUUAUUCUACAAGAAGUAGUUGCUGCUAAAAUAAGUUACCAAACUAAGACCCUGCAGUUGAACUGUGCUGGUGGUAACAGUGCCAGUUGCCAACAGAAUGCAACCGUCAUUGGUAGUGAGCGCGUCCAGCAGUUUGUUCUUAAUAAUUGGGUUACUUUCACCAAGGUACCAGCAAUUGAGCCAGAACGUGUUAUAAAUUAUUUCAAAGAUGUAGAUGAGAGUCUUUGUAAGCAAGACAAGUGUCCUGAAGAAGCGUUUUACCCGUUAACGAGAGCAUUCAUGGGAGAUUCAUUUGAGUACUCGCUUGGACUUUGGUUAACGCUGAUGCUAUUUGGGCUAGGCUACGUAAUGGUGACUAAGCCUUGGUGUUGAAAGUAACUGGUUUGUAGAGGAACCUUCUUUUUCAAAACAACAGUGAGGAUAAUUGCAGCAGUCCUGGUUAUUUUGCUGUGCAUGAUACCCAUCAAAAGCUGAAUUUUGAGAGACAAUUGGUAAUACAGUAGCAAAUACCAUGGAUUUGUAGAAUAUGCAUUAGAUUUUUGCUUGCUCGCAGGAGUGGUUGAAGCCUAUCCGAUUUCUUGGAGUCUCCUGUGACUUAGGACGCCUGUUGACGUACUGUGAAGGAAGAAAUUGUAGCCUGGUGCCAGGUAUUCAUGGCUAACAGAACCAUGGUAGAUAAUGUGAUGCAUCUGAUUGUCACACACACUCCUUUGCUUUUCACUGAUGGCAAACCACCUAAAUAGUUGAGCUUACUUGAAGGAGAUGGGUACCUUUCAGAUACUGUAACACAAGUGAAUGUUGCUCCAACAAACCUGGUGGUGCAUGCCCCUCCAAGAAUUAAUCGCGCUCCCACAAAAAUCAUGGUUCAAGUUGUUAAAAAGCACGUAAAAUCACCAUAUUUUGUGAUUUAGUGCCCUCUCAACUGAUCAUCGAUCCCCCACUUGAGCUUCACGACCCCUAUCAGCAGCCCCAAUCCUGCAUAUAUUACACCCAAAUAUGGGAGUAUCACAUUUGGUCACAUAAAAUUGGAUAGUGUGGACACAUAAACCAAUGUUGUAGCAAUGGUUGUGAACAUGGCUUUUGUAUUCAAUGAAUCUUGUAGUUAAUUCCAUUUCCUUGUUAUGAAUAUUUUUAAUGUAAAAAGUUCAAUAUAUAAAAUGUGAAUAAACUGAACAUUUCAUUUGAUCAUUUUUUUUAAAUAAAAUACUUAUGUAAAUAGUGAAAUUGAAAAAUUAUUUAUAAUGAAUUAAAACCUUGAAGUGAAUUUUUGCCAGUACAUUGCUUGUUAGUUUUGAAAUUACAGUAAAACAUCCGAUUUAUAAAUACAUAAUUUCAUGACAUCAUAAU